GUUGAAGGGGAGCAGGCGUGGCGCGGCCUGACAGCUGAGAGACAGUCCUGUUUCUUGGCACUCAUCGGCUGGUCCUAUUACCUUCCUCUCCAGUAUUUACCUUUAGAGUCCCCACACCACCAUGGCCCCCAAGCAGCGCAUGAGGCUCGCCAACGACAAGGCGGCCAAGAACGUGACGCAGAGAGGCAAUGUGCCCAAGACCACGAAAUCAGAGGAAGACAACUACCCAGUCGGUCCGUGGCUGCUGGGAUUGUUCAUCUUUGUGGUGUGUGGUUCAGCCGUGUUCCAGAUCAUCCAGUCCAUCCGAAUGGGUUAGUGAGGUGCCAAGUGGCGCGCACCAGACCUGGACCUACCGUACCCUUCCUCUCCCCCUGGACCUGCCCCUGACCACUCUCUCACGGACGCUCAACGCACGGCUAAACGCACACAUUCACCAAUUCUUUUCCAUCUAAGAUUAAGAAGACUUUUGGGUUCAUAUGCUUAAAUCUAUUACUUUAAGGACCUUAGCUAUACUUCAUUGGGUUUAUCUUUUGGAUUGUUUACACUGAAUUGUUUUGACUGUGUAUAUUUGUAUAUAAGGAAUCUAUAUUUAUAUCAAAAUAUAACCCCCGGAAAAACUGCUGAGUGGAGAUAUAGCUCAGUGUUCUCUAUAGUAAUUUUUCAUCACAUUGCCAAUAAAUUAAUGUGGGGUAA